AAUGGAAAAGGAACCAUCAAAACAAUACAAUAUCACCACUGAAUUAUCUGCUGUAGUACCACCUGAUGGAGGUCGUGGUUGGUGGGUUGUCUUUGGGUCAUUUUGUGGUUUAUUUGCUAUAUAUGGGGUCAACUAUUCUUGGGGAGUAUUUCUCAAUGCAUACAAUAAACAGAUCUAUGUUGGUGAAAUGACACAACUUUCUUGGAUAGGUUCUAUUUGUAUUGGCUUCUUUUUCAUAAUUGGACCUAUUAACGAUUGGGUGACAAGGAAACUAGGUUAUACGAUCAUGCUGAAGAUUGCAACCAUUGUAUGUCCCUUUGCACUCAUGAUGGCAUCUAUCACACACGAGAUCUGGCAAUUAUAUCUUACACAAGGUCUUCUUAUGGGUUGUGGUGCUAGUUUUGUAUGGUUUUCAUGUAUUCCUGCUUGUCAACAAUGGUUUGAUAAGAAACGAGGCAUGGCUAUUGGAUUGGCAAUGCUUGGUAGUGGUGUGGGUGGACUGGUCAUGUCGAACAUUACUCAAGCUGUAUUACUAUCAUUGGGUUAUAGAUGGGCUCUCCGUAUUCUUGGCUUUGUUUGUUUUGUAUUCCUUGGUAUAGCAACUCUUUUGGUCAAGCCAUUGCCUAAUAGACAAAUGAAUCUGAAUCAAGAUAUGACUGUUCCUAUGUGGAAAAAACAACGUGCCUUAUUAUGUCGAUUGGAUUUUAAUCUUUUAUUAUCGAUUGCCUUCAUCACGACAUUUGGUUAUCUCGUACCUUCUUUCCUGUUACCAUCUUAUGCGAGUUAUUUGGGAUUAAAUCCUUGGGUUGGAACCAACUUAUCUGCUAUUCUCUCAGCUAUUAAUGCGGUAUCAAAGAUAUUGUUGGGUUAUACAAGUGAUCGUGUGGGACGUCUCAAUACUUUUUGUGUGUGCACAUUCAUGGCAGGUAUCAUGUGUUUGGCGAUUUGGACCAAUGCAACAACAGAGCCAACGAUCUGGGUAUUUGCAACCUUGUACGGUUUAUUUGGUGGUGGUUAUCUGACAAUGCUGGCUGCCAUCGUUCCUCAAAUUGCAGGUUAUCAUGCCAUCUCAGAAGCCAAUGGUCUGGUGUACUUUAUGAAUCUACCUGGUUAUCUUGUCGGUACUCCUAUUGCAUCCGCGAUCAUCCAUACAACCGUGCCUGUCCAUUAUCCUUAUGCUGCAAUCUAUGCUGGUUUGCUAAUGUCUGUCGGUGGCUUGCUGGCUUUUGCCUUACGGGUAUUACAAGUAGGUUGGUAUUGGCGUAUCAAGGUUUAAUUCGUUUAUUUUGAUCCAUCUUUGUAGUUAGAAUAUUAUCAUAGAAAUUCCAUCCAUUGUCUUGAAUAAAAUUUAUUAUUGAUUUUAU